AUGGGAGCCAAGAAAGAGAGGUUUCUCCCUUGGUCGUCUUCAAUAUAUCGCUCUAGGCAUGGGCGAGAUCUUCAAAUCAAUGAUGAGGAUUUGAUGAAUUUAUGUUUGAUUGAGAUAGAGAAGAUGUUGCAAACCAAUGGAAGGACACUUAAAGAAUGGCCUAGCUUACCUUAUCCAUCAUUUUGUGAGACCUUUCGUUUUGAAAAUCAAUUUGUUGCAGACGAGCUUAAUUACAAUAAGGAUGAAAUGAACGCACUGCAUCAACAAUUGUUCUGUUCCCUAACUUCUGGACAGAAAGGAGCUUAUACGCAGAUAUUGAAUGUUGUUUCGUCCAAUAACAGAGGAUUUUUUUUCUUAUAUGAAUUUGGCGGAUCUGGUAAAACUUUUGUGUGGAAUACCCUCUCAACUGCGCUGCGUUCUGAAGGAAAAAUUGUUCUAAAUGUUGCGUCAAGUGGCAUUGCUUCAUUACUAUUACCUAGAGGUAGAACUGCUCACUCUAGAUUUUCCAUUCCUAUCACUAUCCAUGAAUCAUCAACAUGUAAUGUCCGUCAAGAAAUUCCCUCUGAUUUGUUGGUGAGGGAGUCUGAUAAUCCCUUACUUGAGUUAGUCAAUUUUGCAUAUCCCAAUGUUGUUAAUAAUUUGAAAAACCAUGCAUAUUUUGAACAAAGAGCACUCCUUGCUCCCACUCUUGAAAGUGUUGAAGAGGUUAAUAACUUCAUGAUGUCAAUGAUCCAUGGGGAGGAAACAAAAUAUUUGAAUUACGACACUCCAUGCAGAAUUGUUCUCAAAGCUGGUGUCCCUAUCAUGCUAAUUCGGAACAUUGAUCAGUCUGCUGGAUUGUGUAAUGGAACUAGAUUGAUAGUGACCGCUUUGACACCUUAUAUCAUUGUUGCAACAGCUCUUUUCGGUUCUAAAACAGGUAAACCGGUUUAUAUUCCUAGGCUUAUCUUAACUCCUUCUGACACUGGCCUUCCUUUCAAAUUCUCAAGGAGACAAUUCCCUAUUACAGAUUGUUUUGCUAUGACUAUAAAUAAGAGUCAAGGCCAAUCGUUAUCGCAUGUUGGAUUAUACCUUCCUAGGCCGGUGUUCACACAUGACCAUCUAUAUGUAGCUCUAUCGAGAGUAAAAUCUAGAAAAGGGUUGAAGAUACUUAUAGUCAAUGACAAAGGAGUAGUAUCUAAUUGCACUCGGAAUGUCGUGUAUGAAGAAAUUCAACAAACUAAUAAUGAGGAUGGGUCAACGAGCAACAAGUGGAAUGCAUAA